CUUGCAGAUAAUCAAUUCGAAUGGCAUUUGCUGGACUAACAGAUCUACGUCUCUUUGACAACGUUUCACAUUAUAUCAACGAAUUGGCUGGUGAAUUCUCACCUGACACUGCACAUCUUCACGAUCAUAAUUGCAAGUGCUCAAUUGUCGACAGACUUUGGUGCGAUUAUUUUGGAAUGGGCACGUGCAUUAGCCGAGAGGCGAGAGCGCGGAGGAAAGAACGCAAAAGGAAUAUCAAGAGAUUACGAGAAGCGCGUAAUGCCUCAGCUUCACCUCGGGAUCCUUUCUCAAAUGGUCACAGAUAUGGACAUAGAAGUCGAUCGGAAGGGGGAAAUGGUGAUGUUCGAGAUGAUAUCAAAGAACUUAUUAUAGAGACUUUGGAAGUCAUACGAACACUUGUUAAUAAUGAACAAGAACCACCUCAAUCACUACUCAAAUUGAACUUUAUUGCUGACGAGGAGAAAGGGUGGACAAUGGUUGUACGAGCGUUGAUCUACACAAUACCAGAAAACGAUCCUCUCGGCCCUGCAGUAAUAUCAUUAUUCCUUGAUGAAUGUCCACUUCCAAGUAGAGAAUCAGUACAAACUCUUCUUCUUUCUCUUGGAUUAAGUAGUGAAUUUGUGGAUUCAAAGCAUCUUCCACCAUCAUGGCACAAAAAUAUGUGUAUUGUACUUGGUUCCCUUGCCGAGAAAAUGGCUGGAAGCGCGGCAGUUACAAUGUUUAACGAUAAAAUUAAAGGGUAUUUGAUGAAAAUUAUUUGCUACGGGCUUACCUACUUUCCACCGAAUUACGGGAAAACACUGAAAGAGAAGAACACUCAUUGUGUGAGAAUGUUUGCCCUCUUGGCACUUGAAAAAUUCGCUCAAACCCGAGAAAACCAAAUUUCAAUAUGCAAAAUGUUCACGGAAAUGACGACUCAUCCGUUGAUAAAAAUGGAAGAAUAUUUGAAAAAUGAAGAAGUUUCAAGAUAUUGGUUUGCAAAACAAGAGGGAUUUUGUGCGCAGUGGGCUUUGGAUAAUAUCUUCAUUCUGGAAUCCCGACCAUAUUCAUAUGAAACUUGUGAAACAUCAAAAAUCAAUGCAAUGCUUAACCAUGAAGAUGUCAGUGAAUAUUUGAAAAUUGGUCCAGAUGGAUUGGAAGCUCGUUGUGAUGUUUCUUCUUUUGAAUCUGUUCGAUGUACAUUUGAAGUAAUGGAUGGAGUAUGGUAUUAUGAAGCUACAGUACUCACAUCUGGAGUCAUGCAAAUUGGUCUCGCCACGAAAAGAUCUCGUUUCCUGAAUCAUGAGGGUUACGGUAUUGGAGAUGAUGCGUCUUCAGUUGCAUAUGAUGGUUGCCGACAAUUAGUUUGGUACAAUGCGAAGAGUCAUAAACAUGAACAUGAAAAUUGGCAACCUGGAGAUGUUAUCGGUGUACUUUUGAAUAUUCCAGAAGGAGAAGUUGUAUUUUAUUUAAAUGGUACUCCAUUGAAAGAACCGGAAACUGAAUUUCUAAGUAAUCGACAACCAUCAGAAGGUGUAUUUGCUGCAGCAUCAUUUAUGUCAUUUCAACAAUGUCGAUUCAAUUUUGGAGCUUCACGUUUCAAAUAUAAUCCCGGAAAGAAGUUUCGAUGUUUUAAUGAUUUCGGGAAGCUCAGCACGGAGCAAAGAACAAUUGUGCCGCGGAGGUUGAGGUUGGAAUUGCUUGAAAAAGAGCAUAUACCCGAAGAUUAUUGUACAAUUUGUUUUGCGGCUCCAGGGAGCACAACUCUUCUGCCAUGCAAUCAUGAUGGUUUCUGCUCGGAUUGCUGUAACAUGAUGGAUCAUUGCCCGUUAUGCAGAAAACCAAUAGAGGAAAGAAUUCAAAAAACGAAAAAUAAUCGAUCAUUUGAUAAUGUCAAAUCACCAUCAAACUCAUCCAUAUCUGCAUUUGUUCGGGUGAAUAGUCAACGGAAAAGCACACGUGCCACGUCAGCAGUUGCCACACAUCCUACUGAUACGGUUAUUCACACCGGUAUCACUACAGCCAACAAUCGAGAUAUCGCACGCCGUCAUACUCAAGUUUAACAUGAUUCUGUCUUAUUUCGUACCUGUUUCAUGAGAUCUCCAAACAAAACCCCGUUUUCCCUAUGUAUAUUCUCUGAUCCGAAGAGAAGUCUCUUACCGUGUUGUUUAAUUUUUUGAAAAUUGUCACCUUGCAUAUUAUGGGGUUAUGCUCUUUUUUGUUAGUCCUGUGACGGAAUAGAGCCUAACAAUUAAUUAAUUCCUCAACAUUUUGCAUUUAAUUCUAGUUUUUCCAAACGCCCGGUUUACGGGUGGCUGAUUCUCGGAAAAAAACAAACUUUUGCCUUUCAUUUGUCAUUUUCCAGGAAAAUAUCAACUAUUUUACCCACUUUUACAUAAUUUCUCGGACCCGCUUCUCUUUAAUGACAUCAUCAUCAUCUUUCCACCACACGUUGUACAUUUUUCUUGUCUUUUCUUCUUGAAACAAAUUCUUGGUUGUCUUCUUCUUCUUGUAUAUUGCGUAUUUUUCAUGUGUAUACUAUUUUAGAUUCUGAAGAAAACUUAUAAAUUCUUAUUUAUAGCACAACUUUGUUUAAAUAUUUCCCCAAAAGAUCGAGGAAUCUUCAUUUUAAUUCAGAAAUCUAUUAUACGCGAAGACAAACUUUUUUGAAUUAGUGCCCUUUUUUGUGCAGAGGUUUCUAGGCCAGCAUGUCGUGUAGUCCACGCGGACUAUCAUAAAAAUGUUUUCUCAGUUUUGUUAACAAAU